CCCUGGGUGAAUAACUGCGUCGGUGAAUACAACCAAAAAUACUUUCUUCAGUUCCUUUUCUAUGUCGGCCUAUCCUCAGGCUAUGCUUUAAGUUUGGUAGCAACUGCGUGGAUCUAUCACGAUGAGUACGGCAGUACUGGUGCAAAAGGACCCUAUGGCCAAAAUGUACAUCAUGCAAAAAUUUUGCAUACAAUCUUCCUGUCAAUUGAAAGUGCACUGUUUGGAUUAUUUGUUCUGGCAGUUUCUUGCGACCAGGUAACAACCAUCUCUGUUGGAGUACAGGCAAUUUUGAAUGACGAAACAGCAGUGGAAGCGGUUCAGCGCAAAAAUUUUCGUACUCCGACAAUCUCGUUACGUUCCAAGACAGCUCUGAUACGAGAAGUUUGUGGGAACGGUGAGUUCACAUAGCU